ACGCAAAUUAUUUGAGUGUGUCAACUGGCAAUUGUAGUUAGGAAUGUCAAGUGCGUUGUCAACACUAUGUGGACAAGCAUACGGUGCAAAAGAAUAUGCUAUGAUGGGAGUGUAUCUUCAAAGAUCAUGGAUAGUUAUGUCCUUAACUACACUCUUCCUUCUUCCGGUGUUCAUCUUCACACGACCCAUUUUGAUGCUCUUAGGCCAAGAUGAGAUUAUAGCAGAAGUGGCAGGAACCAUUUCUCUUUGGUCAAUUCCAAUCAUAUUUGCUUUUAUUGCCUCGUUCACUUGCCAAAAUUUCCUGCAAUCUCAAAGCAGGAACACCAUCAUUGCAUUCUUGGCGGCUUUCUCAAUAGUUAUUCAUGUGUUUCUCUCUUGGCUAUUGACAAUUCAAUUCAAGCUCGAGAUUCCUGGUGCAAUGACUUCAACAAGUUUGGCAUUCUGGAUUCCUAAUAUUGGUCAACUAAUAUUUAUUACAUGUGGUUGGUGCUCUGAUACAUGGAAGGGUUUCUCAUUUUUAGCAUUCAAAGAUCUUUGGCCUGUUGUCAAGCUUUCCCUUUCAUCUGGUGUCAUGUUAUGUCUUGAGCUCUGGUACAACACAAUAUUGGUUCUCUUAACGGGCAACAUGGAAAAUGCUGAGGUCCAAAUUGAUGCUCUAUCUAUAUGCCUCAACAUCAAUGGAUGGGAAAUGAUGAUAUCACUUGGUUUCAUGGCUGCUGCAAGUGUUCGAGUGGCAAACGAGCUUGGAAAAGGAAGCUCCAAGGCUGCAAAGUUCUCUAUAGUUGUGACAGUGCUUACAUCCUUCGCCAUUGGAUUCGUUCUCUUCUUAUUUUUCUUAUUUUUAAGGGAAAAACUUGCUUACAUAUUUACCACAAAUAAAGACGUGGCCCAGGCUGUUGGUGACUUGUCACCUUUGUUGGCAAUCUCUAUUCUACUAAACAGUGUCCAACCUGUACUCUCGGGAGUUGCUAUUGGAGCAGGGUGGCAAAGCAUUGUAGCAUAUGUGAACAUUGGGUGUUAUUACAUCAUAGGUGUUCCUGUAGGAGUUCUACUUGGUAAUGUUCUGAAUUUGCAAGUCAAGGGUAUUUGGAUUGGAAUGUUGUUUGGAACAUUUAUUCAAACUGUAGUGCUAAUUGUAAUCACCUACAAAACUGAUUGGGACAAGCAGGUUAUUAUAACUCGUAAUCGUAUUAACAAGUGGUCUAAGGUGGAAUCUGAUCAUGAAAUAAUUACAUCAGAUCAUUAGUUUUUUUUUAUCCUUCCGAGAUUUAUUUCUUUCAAUUCAAAAUCAAUGAGUCUAAUCAGAUUUAUUUUUUGUAAUAUUUUCUGUUGCUAGUGUUUGUUAUACAGUCAAAUGGUAU